AUGGGUGGAGGAGAGAUUCAGAGGUGGGGGGGAGGGAGGGAGGGCCUAAGAUACCAAUGUGCUGAGCCAAUGGCUUUUCCACAGAGCAGCUGGCUGGCAUCAGGACGGGACAGGCCGCUCACAGGAAGGAUACCUGGAGGACACUCAUCGUGCUCGUCGGACAGCAAGGGCGCCUUCCAAGAGGUGUUCAUGGGAUGCACUAUCUACGCAGCCAGCCCUAAGGCUCUGCCUACUGAUGAGGCCCAAGACCAGGACAGAUUCUACCAGCUCCCCCACUACAGCCAUCCUUAUGGUAACUGCAGUCAGAGGAUAGCAGCCUGCAGAGCCAGGGCUAGGAGCAUGACUGAGCAGCACGAACAGGGUGAAGUAACAGGCCUCCUCUCAACACACGAUCUGGAUCCCUCCAAAGACGACGACACGCAUGGCCACUUCAGGUUUCAGCUGAUUGAAGACCUUUCCUAUGAAGAUGUGAAGAAAUGUUACAGGGGAUCAACUGUCAGCAAGUACAACUCACAGUACCACAAACUGUUCCCAUGCGUGCCCAAGGAUGAGAUCCUCAUGAAAGUGUACUCCUGUGCUCUUCUCAGAGACAUCCUUCUGCAGGGUCGCCUCUACAUCUCCAGAAACUGGUUGUGUUUCUAUGCAAACCUCUUCGGCAAGGACAUCAAGGUGGCCAUCCCCGUCGUUUCUGUGAGGCUUGUCAAGAAGCACAAAACAGCUGGCCUUGUGCCCAAUGGCUUGGCCAUCACAACAGACACCAACCAGAAGUAUGUUUUUGUCUCUCUGCUAUCAAGAGACAGUGUGUAUGAUGUCCUCCGCAGAAUCUGCACACACUUACAGGUCAAUGGGAAGAGCCUGAGCUUAAAGCAGUUCCUGGAAGAGCCGGCCUUAUUGCUGGAUGAGUUUCCAACUCCAGAUGAGUUCCCAGUAGUUGAUGAGUUUCCCUCAGUGUUAAAAUGGAGAAGGAAACCCUCUGUGGUCUCCGUGUCCUCCUCUCUUCCCGACCUCCUGGGGAGCUCUACCAGCGGCCUAGGAGCAGUAGACACACCCUUCAAGGCAGAGCCGCCACUGGAAGAGAGAGGUCUGCAGACAGACAGAAGUCUUCUAUCAGAGCCAGUGGCAGAGUUGGGCCAGAUGGAGUACCAGCUGCUCAAGUUUUUUACCCUGCUAAUAAUUCUCCUCAUCCUCUCAUCGUGCUACCUGGCCUUUCGUGUGUGCAGUUUGGAGCAGCAGCUUUCCUUCCUCAGUAACCCGAAUCUGCCCCUCAGAGAAAGGUAGCCUCUACUCUCCACUUGAAUCCCUCUCUCCUGAUUUUUGGAGACAAUGAUGCCCCCUGCACACAUUCAGGACCAGAACAAACCCACCAUCCCCCGGCUACAUCAUCAAGGUUUCAGGCGCCUAAGGUCCGGGAUGACUACCCAACCCAUGAUCACUUCCAGACUAUGCAAACAGACUGUAUAUUUAUUACUAAACAUAAAGUAGGGUUUCCUAUAGAUUUUCAGCGGUCCAUAUCACAGAUAUUGCAACAUACUUCAGUGUGAAAAAUUCUUUCUGAAUCCUCACUCUGAUGAGCGGACGGAUGAUGAGGAGUUUGCGCUUCAGGAUAAAAUGAUGAGAUGUAAGUAAGAUGCAUAAAACACUGAUAGGAAAGAAAUGUUAGGAAUAUUUUGGUAGCUCCCAGUGUGACUUAAGUGUUCCUACCAACCCUAAUUUUGACUGAUUUAGCAAAAUAGUUUAAUUUUAGAGGGAAGCUUAAGUCUGGCAAUGAUGUUGCACUUUUUCUUGUAAACAUUAAGUCCAAAUUGUUUCAGUCACAUGUAACAUGAAGUGUUUUCGCUUCAGUAAAGGUACUCAGUUGUCAUUUUAAAGGUAUUCACAGAGGAACGUUACGUGAGCACAGACAUUUCACUUGUUUUCAGUGAAACAGAGCAAAAAUAAUUCUAAAAAGAGAAUGGGAUGAUUAGAUGAAAGGUUUCAUUUUUCAUUGCAUUUAUAAAUAUAAAAAAAAUAUUGCCCCAGUUCUUUUAUUCAAACAUUUCAAAAGAAGACGUCUUUAAGGCUCAAAAAGAACGUUUGUGUUAUGCUGUGUGUCUGAGAAUAUUUUAUGGCUUUUAUAAAUGUGGAUGAUGAUGUAUUUCUGGAAGCUUUUAAAUUAAACUGGCAAGUAAGUUAAAAUGACAA